CUGCGGCCUUCGCAGCAUCCGGUUGGGAGUCUAGAAAGCCAGUGCAGUAGAACAGGAAAAGAGCAUAGGCCGUUCCUCCUGGAGAGAAGUCCUUAAGAGACCCUGAUCCAGGCGUUCCCGUCUCUUACCGCCUUUAUGAAGAGAAAUUAGGCAGCACCUAGAAGAACAAACUAGGCUGAACAAGAAUGUUUGCACAAAGCAAGUCUGAGAAAUCAGAGGACAUUUUAACAUUGAGCACUGUGGCCUUCGAGACCAAGGCGAUCACGUUCUUCAUCAUCCUGCUCAUCUGCUUCUUUUGUAUCCUCCUCCUCCUGGUGAUGUUCCUGUACAAAUGUUACAGAAGUCAGAGCUUUGAAGAGGCAAUGAGGCCCCUCUGUACAGGUGAAAACGACGGUGAAAAUUGCUUAGCUGUUAACACACAGAUGAGCAGACCUGAAGUUAAUGACAAGGUCCUACUGCACUUCGUAAACAUGAACAUGCCAGUGAGACCUGGCAUUCUUGUACAAAGGCAGAAUAAGAAAGAGAUGGCCACAUCCUUAGGAGACAUCAAGACAGAAGAUUACAGAAACAGACAGACAUAUGAGCCUGCGAUUUCUAGAGAAACCAAGCAUGAGGGUGAGUUUGCUGAGAAAAUACCCAUACAUGUCCACAGAACUCCUACAGAUAGAAGCCCAAAAAGACCUAUCAAAGGAGUGACGUUUUCUAAGGAGGUGAUCGUUGUGGAUCUUGGCAACGAAGAUGCUACACCUCGAAGCUAUGCUCGAGAGCACAAGGAGAGGAAGUGAGGUGCAGGGAAAAGCUGUUCGACAAGCGCAACCUUUGACCAGCUGGACUCGGCUGAGGUACUGGGUCAUGCCAAGACAGCAGGAGGAUGAGUAGUGAGCAAACGCAGAUGGUAUCCUACCUUUGCGGGAGGAGAGAACUGUGCAAAACUCUGUACGUAAAAUACUGAGCCCCAGUAUAGUUUUAAACAAAC